GGGCGGGUGGGGGUGGGGUGGGACUCUUUUUCCUCGCCGUGGCGGCGGAGGCGCACGGCGUGGGCUUGCGGCGAGACGUCGUCGUCGGAGGCUGAAAAAGCCCAAGGUGCUGCCGUUGCCCGUACAACUCGGACUUGCUGUCGCCCGAGCUGCGUCUGCACGGGUCUCGGACCGAGCGGAGCCCGCAGCCUCGGUCCCAGAGCCCACCCUGCUCUCGGUCCUGCCCAGCCUGCGGUGAUGGAGCCGGCCACCGCGCUGCACCCGGGCCCGCGCCCGGCGCUGCCCCUCGGGGGCCCGGGCCCGCUGGGCGAGUUCUUGCCUCCCCCCGAGUGCCCAGUCUUCGAGCCCAGCUGGGAAGAGUUCGCGGACCCCUUCGCUUUCAUCCACAAGAUCCGGCCCAUAGCCGAGCAGACUGGGAUCUGUAAGGUGCGGCCGCCGCCGGAUUGGCAGCCACCAUUUGCAUGUGAUGUUGAUAAACUUCAUUUUACGCCACGUAUCCAGAGACUGAAUGAAUUGGAGGCUCAGACUCGUGUAAAAUUGAAUUUCUUGGACCAGAUUGCAAAGUACUGGGAGUUACAGGGAAGUACUCUGAAAAUUCCACAUGUGGAGAGGAAGAUCUUGGACUUAUUUCAGCUUAAUAAGUUAGUUGCAGAAGAAGGUGGAUUUGCAGUUGUUUGCAAGGAUAGAAAAUGGACCAAAAUUGCCACCAAGAUGGGGUUUGCUCCUGGCAAAGCAGUGGGCUCACAUAUCAGAGGGCAUUAUGAACGAAUCCUCAACCCCUACAACUUAUUCCUGUCCGGAGACAGCUUAAGGUGUUUGCAGAAGCCAAAUCUGACGACAGACACCAAGGACAAGGAGUACAAACCCCAUGAUAUUCCCCAGAGGCAGUCUGUGCAGCCCUCGGAAACAUGCCCCCCAGCCCGACGAGCAAAACGCAUGAGAGCAGAGGCCAUGAAUAUUAAAAUAGAACCCGAAGAGACAACAGAAGCCAGAACUCACAAUCUGAGACGUCGAAUGUGUUGUCCAACUCCAAAAUUUGAAAGUGAGAAAGAAAUGAAGAGUAGUAUCAAGCAAGAACCCAUUGAGAGGAAAGAUUAUAUUGUAGAAAAUGAGAAGGAAAAGCCCAAGAGUCGAUCUAAAAAAGCCACCAAUGCUGUGGACCUGUAUGUCUGCCUCUUAUGUGGCAGUGGCAAUGAUGAAGAUCGGCUACUGUUAUGUGAUGGCUGUGAUGACAGUUACCAUACCUUUUGCUUGAUCCCACCUCUCCAUGAUGUUCCCAAGGGAGACUGGAGGUGUCCUAAGUGUUUGGCUCAGGAAUGUAGUAAGCCACAAGAAGCAUUUGGCUUUGAACAAGCAGCCAGGGACUAUACUCUCCGUACUUUUGGGGAAAUGGCAGAUGCAUUCAAAUCUGAUUACUUCAACAUGCCAGUCCAUAUGGUUCCCACAGAGCUUGUUGAGAAAGAAUUUUGGAGACUAGUAAGCACUAUUGAGGAGGAUGUCACAGUGGAAUAUGGAGCUGACAUUGCCUCAAAGGAAUUUGGCAGUGGCUUUCCUGUCCGAGAUGGGAAGAUCAAACUCUCACCCGAGGAAGAGGAGUAUCUUGAUAGUGGCUGGAACUUGAACAACAUGCCAGUGAUGGAGCAGUCUGUCCUUGCACAUAUUACGGCUGAUAUAUGUGGCAUGAAACUUCCUUGGUUGUAUGUGGGAAUGUGCUUUUCUUCAUUCUGUUGGCAUAUUGAAGACCACUGGAGCUAUUCAAUUAACUACUUGCAUUGGGGUGAGCCAAAAACCUGGUAUGGAGUACCAGGGUAUGCUGCUGAGCAACUAGAAAACGUAAUGAAGAAACUAGCUCCAGAGCUCUUUGUGUCGCAGCCGGAUCUCCUCCAUCAGCUUGUGACCAUCAUGAACCCCAACACCCUGAUGACUCAUGAAGUGCCUGUUUACCGAACUAAUCAGUGUGCGGGAGAGUUUGUGAUUACAUUUCCAAGAGCCUACCACAGUGGUUUUAACCAGGGUUUUAAUUUCGCUGAGGCUGUUAAUUUCUGCACUGUUGAUUGGGUAUGUAAUUACAAUUUAGGCGUGAUUGAUUCAGAAAGAGUGGAUUUUGAGCUAUUGCCAGAUGAUGAACGUCAGUGUGUAAAAUGCAAAACUACAUGCUUCAUGUCUGCCAUCUCCUGUUCUUGUAAACCUGGCCUGCUUGUUUGCCUGCAUCAUGUAAAAGAAUUGUGUUCCUGUCCUCCUUAUAAAUAUAAAUUGCGGUAUAGAUACACACUGGAUGAUCUCUACCCUAUGAUGAAUGCAUUGAAACUUCGAGCAGAAUCUUACAACGAAUGGGCCUUGAAUGUGAAUGAUGCUUUGGAGGCAAAGAUCAACAAGAAGAAAAGCCUUGUCAGCUUCAAGGCUUUAAUUGAAGAAUCUGAAAUGAAGAAAUUCCCAGACAAUGAUCUUUUGCGACACCUUCGCUUAGUCACACAGGAUGCAGAGAAGUGUGCCUCUGUUGCACAGCAAUUGCUUAAUGGCAAAAGGCAAACUAGAUACCGAUCUGGUGGAGGGAAAUCCCAAACUCAGUUGACAGUAAAUGAGCUCCGGCAGUUUGUAACACAGUUGUAUGCUCUUCCAUGUGUCCUCAGUCAAACACCGUUGCUAAAGGAUCUCUUGAAUCGUGUAGAAGAUUUUCAACAGCAUAGUCAGAAACUACUCUCUGAGGAAAUGCCUAGUGCUGCAGAGCUGCAGGACUUGCUAGAUGUCAGCUUUGAAUUUGAUGUUGAACUUCCACAGCUUGCUGAGAUGCGUAUCCGUUUGGAACAGGCCCGUUGGCUGGAAGAGGUGCAGCAAGCUUGCCUUGACCCCAGCUCCCUUACUUUAGAUGAUAUGAGACGUCUCAUAGACCUAGGGGUAGGGCUGGCCCCAUAUUCAGCAGUGGAGAAGGCUAUGGCCCGGCUGCAGGAACUGCUCACAGUGUCAGAGCACUGGGAUGACAAAGCCAAGGGUCUCCUCAAGGCCAGGCCACGGCAUUCAUUGAAUAGCCUUGCUACAGCAGUAAAGGAGAUUGAGGAGAUCCCUGCAUAUCUGCCCAAUGGUGCAGCUCUGAAAGACUCAGUGCAGAGAGCCAGAGACUGGCUUCAGGAUGUAGAGGCCCUGCAGGCUGGAGGACGUGUGCCAGUGUUAGACACACUCAUAGAUCUUGUUACACGAGGCCGAUCUAUCCCGGUACAUCUGAAUUCUUUGCCAAGACUGGAAUCCCUAGUAGCUGAGGUUCAGGCAUGGAAAGAAUGUGCUGUUAAUACAUUCUUAACUGAGAAUUCUCCAUAUUCUCUCUUAGAGGUGCUGUGUCCUCGAUGUGAUAUUGGCCUUUUGGGAUUGAAAAGGAAGCAGAGAAAGUUAAAGGAGCCCUUGCCAAACGGAAAGAAAAAAAGCACCAAAUUAGAGAGUCUGAGUGACCUGGAGAGAGCUUUAACUGAAAGCAAAGAGACUGCUUCAGCUAUGGCAACUCUUGGGGAAGCUCGCUUAAGGGAAAUGGAAGCCUUGCAGUCUCUCAGACUUGCCAAUGAAAGAAAAUUGCUCUCGCCUGUCCAAGAUGCGGAUAUAAAAAUCUGCCUAUGUCAGAAGGCCCCAGCUGCCCCUAUGAUCCAGUGUGAACUCUGCAGGGAUGCUUUCCACACCAGUUGUGUGGCGGUACCCAGUAUUUCACAGGGCCCCCGAAUCUGGCUUUGUCCCCAUUGUCGGAGGUCAGAGAAACCUCCGUUAGAGAAAAUUCUGCCCCUGCUCGCCUCUCUGCAGCGUAUCCGAGUUCGUCUUCCUGAGGGAGAUGCACUACGAUAUAUGAUUGAAAGAACCGUGAACUGGCAGCACAGAGCCCAGCAACUACUUUCAUCAGGGAAUCUUAAAUUUAUGCAAGAUCGUUUGGGCUCAGGACUGUUAUAUAGCAAAUGGCAAGCCUCAGCAGGACAGGUGUCAGACACAAACAAGGUAUCUCAGCCUCCUGGCACAACAUCAUUUUCCUUGCCUGAUGACUGGGACAACAGAACCUCAUAUUUGCACUCUCCCUUCUCUACUGGAUGGAGUUGUAUCCCCCUCCAUGGCGUUAGUCCAGAUGUGAAUGAACUAUUGAUGGAAGCCCAGCUGCUCCAGGUAUCCCUUCCUGAAAUUCAGGAACUUUACCAGACUUUACUUGCAAAGCCAAGCCCUACUCAGCAGACUGACAGAAGCUCACCAGUGAGACCCAGCAGUGAGAAGAAUGACUGUUGCCGAGGGAAGCGAGAUGGAAUUAACAGUCUUGAGAGAAAACUGAAGAGACGCCUGGAAAGAGAGGGCCUCUCCAGUGAGCGGUGGGAACGAGUUAAGAAAAUGCGGACCCCCAAAAAGAAGAAAAUCAAACUGAGCCACCCCAAGGACAUGAACAAUUUCAAGUUAGAGAGAGAGCGUAGCUAUGAAUUAGUUCGUUCUGCCGAAACUCAUUCCCUGCCCUCAGACACAUCCUAUUCCGAACAGGAAGACUCUGAGGAUGAAGAUGCCAUCUGCCCAGCUGUGAGCUGCCUGCAGCCAGAAGGAGAUGAGGUGGACUGGGUCCAGUGUGAUGGCAGCUGCAAUCAGUGGUUUCAUCAGGUCUGUGUUGGUGUCUCCCCAGAGAUGGCAGAGAAAGAAGACUACAUCUGUGUGCGCUGUACUGUGAAGGACGCACCAAGCCGAAAGUAAAAACACAAAAACAGAUACCCCCCCGCCCCCCACUUAAUGUAAUUCAGGACUCCAACCAAGAGGAUUUCUUCAAAUCUCAGCAAAGCUACAGGACUGGUACUCAAGCCAGCCUGUAAACGGUGCUAUUUCUAUUCCUUAUGGGAUCAUUUUUCCAGGACUCUUUGAAGAAAAGAAAAAACAACUAAAAAAUUUUUUGACACUUUUUGUAUUUUUUCCUUAAGAGCUGUUUGUGGUUGUUGAGGUUUGAAAAGCUGACUGUUUUUUGCAGGGGUUCCCACCAAUUUGGAAGGCAUUGAAGCUUGCACCUUUUCAUGUACAGCAUUAAAAUUUUACCUCUGUCUGGGAUUUACCAGCUUAAGAGUCCAACUCACUUCCAGUGCCCAGAAGGGUACCCACCAGAAAUUCCAGUAAAUCCUCAUUUGAGGAAGCUCUCCCUUGUUUAUUCCUUUACCAGAUUGGGGAAAUUUUUUAAGUUUUUCACUUUGGGGGGUUUUGUUUGUUUCUUCUCUUUAUCCACUUUUCUUUUUCCUGGUAGACUAGGUUUAUUUAUCUGAGCAAUAACUUCCGUGUUGGUUUCCGUGGCUGGAAUUAAAACAAAACAAAACAAACUUCCAAACAGUGUGUUGGUGCUUUAGCAAUUGGUUGAUGUACAGAACACAAAUGUCUAGUUUCUAGUGUCACUGAUGAACUAGUGAUGUAGAAAAGAGACUUCUCUGUAAGUAAUUGCCACAGCUGUAAUUUGGCUUUCUCCCUGCCCCUUUCUUCUGCCCCUAUUUUUUGGUAGCUUGUAUCAAAUGUUACAGUUUAUAUUGUGGAAUAAAUCCUUCAUCCUAACAUAACACUAAAUGCUGAUUAUUUAGAGCCAUUAGAGCACAGCUGCUUCUGCCCCUCUCCAGUGUGGGCUUACACAGCCAGAAGGGGCUGCCUGCUUUUGCUUCUGCCCAACUGAGUUGCAGUGGCAGUGGAUAUUAGCCUGCAAACAACAUUAGGGUAUUCUUCUUUUGUGUCCUCCUCUGUUUGGUGGGCCAUAGGCCUACAGCCCUCACUAACAAAGAACCCCUCUGUCUUUAAGGACUAGAACCUGUCUUUAAAGCCAUGCUCUUUUUACUAAAGCUUUCUCAGAAUGUUGGCAAAUCACUUCAAUCCUCAAAUCAGUCCUCCUCGUGGAAUGAUGCCAUUAUUAUAUUUGAGUUGACAGGAGAACUUGGUUUUAGGGUUAAGACGUUGGAAGGAAAUCUAAGGAAAAUUAAUCUUCAUAGAGGUCCAGGUUUAGUAUAUGUCUUGAGAGGGGACUUGUGAAUUCCCAGGCUUUGCCUCCUUGUUCUCUUUCUCAUUUCUUUCUAACUCUAGCUGUCAUUACUGGCUAUGGAUAGCCCAUAGCUAUUUUCCUUGCUUUUCUUUUUUAAAGGGCUCUGUUCUGCAGUGGAGAAGACAUUCCAGUGAACAGAACAGACUUUUGCUUACUUUUUCCUAUUCUGUUGCCAGUAUUUGUUUUCUCCACAUUCUACAGCCAUAAACCUGAAGAUGAGUAAAAUUGGUGGGUCUUUAAUAAAACAACAACAAAAACAGCAGUUUGUGAUAUAGCAGAGAUUUAAAUGUACUCUCCCCUUUUAUGCACUUCAAAUAAUUAAAUCUCUUUAAGAAUGA